GGCUUAAGCGCUUAGAAAACAAGGAUUUAACUAAGAAAAAGGCGAACAAACGACACGGACUGUGUGUUUUCGGCUUAUUGCAGGCGAAUAGCUGUGAACCAUGACAAAGGACACGGAGAUCGACAUGAAGGAGGUGGAGCUGAAUGAGAUGGACCCGGAGAAGCAGCCCAUGACGGGUGAUGGUCAGACCGGGGAGAAGAACGGCACCAUUAAACUCAAAGUCCCAGAAGAUGAGGUCACGUUCACCGGGCUGUCCAAAGAGGAGCUCAUGAAGGUUGCUGGGACUCCUGGAUGGGUGCGCACUCGCUGGGUGCUGCUGAUCCUCUUCUGGCUCGGCUGGCUCGGCAUGUUGGCCGGAGCCAUCGCGAUCAUUGUGAAGGCUCCUCCCUGCAAACCCAUCCCCGAAAUGAACUGGUGGAACGAGGGGCCGCUGUACCAAAUCUCUGACCUGGAAGCAUUCUCUGAUGGACUGGAAGGUGUGGAGGCCAAGUUGGACAACAUGAACCAGCUAAAGGUCAAAGGUCUCAUCAUAGGCCCUCUUCACACGGUCCAAGCCGACCAGCCCGCCACCCUCAACCUCAAACUCAUCGAUCCCAGCCAGGGCUCGGAGGCCGCCCUGCUGUCCGUGGUGAACAAGGCUCAAAAGAAGGGUAUUUCUGUGAUUCUCGACCUGACUCCGAACUACGAGGGAUCAUCUCCCUGGUUCUCUGAAAAUGCUGAUGCUGAUUUGAUUGAAAAAGUCAAGGACGCAGCUGAGUACUGGUUGAAAUUAGGCGUGGAUGGCAUCAAAGUGUCCGAUGUCACUGUCCCGGCUCAGUCUCCGGAUUGGUCCAAACUGGCGGCCGUCGUCCAGGGAAACCGCACGGAGGGCACCAAGAACAAGCUGCUGAUGGGUGUGGCCAAAGGAAUUUCACCUCCAGAUGUUUCUCAACUUGUGAACACCUCAGGCAUCGACCUGCUUCUGUCCGACCUGCUCACCACGCAGAACGCUGUGAUGGAGAAGCUCACCAGCAUGGACUUGCUCAGUGAACUGAAGAUGCAGUUGGGAUGGGGAGUGGGCGCGGCUCAGGGGGAACAGCUGACCAAUCAAAUCUCAGCUCCAGGACUGACCCGCCUCUACCAGCUCCUGCUCUUCACGAUGCCCGGGACGCCUGUGUUCACCUACGGAGACGAGAUCGGCCUGAUGGGACAGGGCGGAGCUUCUCCUAAAAUGGUUUGGGACAUUGAAAAGGAACCAGCAGAGGGCAGCGUUAACGAGACGGCCGAGGCUAUUCGUAAGGAGCGAGUGGAGACUAGAAAAUGGUUCAGAUCUCUGAGCGACUUGAGGGGGAAGGAGCGCUCUCUGCUCCACGGCGACUUUUACAGACUGGAGGCUUCCAACGAGGCGCUGUCCUUCCUCCGACUGUGGGACCAGAGCGAUCGUUUCAUCACAGUCCUCAACUUCGCCUCCGCUCCAGAAACCAUCACGCUCAAACUUCAAGCAACAGAAGGAGUGGAGUUACCAGAACAAGCCAAAGUCCGGCUCUCCACUGAUCCAGAUCUAGAGCCGGAGACGAUGUUGGACCUACACUCCAUCAAACUGGGGCCCGGACAGGGGGUCCUCCUGCAGUUCCCUUAUGUGGCGUAAAGAGGGCGCUGUCACACAGAAGAGAUUACACAUAGAUGAGUUCAUGAUGCAAAAAGAGCGAGAAGAAAUGGGAAGAUAAAUGUGUCAUAAACAAACUUCACUUCUGAACUAAGGAAAUCAGUCUCAAGUAUUUUAUAAGAAGCACUCCGUUUGAGUCGAAUACGUCUACGACUUCGUGAAACAUUCCAUUCCUGUUGCUAGGUCUGUCACGAUGGCACAUUUUGAAGCUACACAGAAAUACGAUAAUGACACUACAUGUAUUUAUUGUGACAGACCUACUUCUUGGGCAUUUCUAUUUCUUUUUUUUUUCCAUUUUGUAUUUGGCCUUGUUAAGAAUUUGGCUUGUCUAGUUUUACUCGGGUGGUUGAGGGUUUUGUAAAUUGAACUUUGAGUGUUGGUGAAAAAAAAGUUACAAUGCAGUUUUUGUCCAAGUCAAUGUGGAAACUAAACAAGUGAUGAUGAAGAAGAAUAAACAAGUUCUCCUCUCUCUACUUCUGUCUGUCGUAUGUGUCCAAACCAGACUGUUUAACCUGCUGGCCUCCGCGUUACCAAUCAAAAGUGAGCAUGGACGCACUUCCGGCUCUGACUCCACGGCUCCAAUUCACUUUACACUGGAAAAAAAUGUCACUAUUGAUGAAACUUACAGCUCUUUUAUGGGAUUUGUUCAUUUAAAAAGCCGUUUAAAAGACAGAAGCCAAUGUGGGAACUCAUUUUAACAACAAACUAAUCAGAGACGAGGCUUAAAUGUGUUUAAACUGGUUCAAACUGAGAGUGGAGUGAGUUUACGCUUUGGAAUUAUGCAAAAUCGACCUAAAAUGUUCCACUACAAUAAUAAUAAUGAAAAAUCAAGCUGUUAUUAUGAUGCCAAAUAUAUUUUUCGGUGUAAAAAGUUGUGCUCCUGUGAUGAUUCUUGUUUUGUUGCAGCGUUAAUCAGGAUAAAAGUGCAUACAAAUCUGCAAAAAAUCGAUUCUUUUACAAAAAACAAGAUCCGAUUCUAGCUUUUCUCAUUAAGGAACCGUUCAGAAGAUCCGAUUCUUUCAUGAAUUGUCACCUCUCGCUCUGUAAUGAUCUUAUUUAUUCAGUUUAAAUGUUUCUAAACUAUAAAAAUCCCAUGUAAUUCCUCACGUUAACUACUUACUUUUGAAAUGUUUUAAACGACGAUAAACCGUUGAAAUUGCAGUAAACGUUUCUGCCGUAUUUCGAACUUUUUAUCGUCUACAUUUGGUUUAAGUUAAAUUUAGUGAUGCCACAAACAAAGCAGCUUCUUUGAAAAGGGGAAUAUGCUUCAUGUCAAAGCUCUGCAGCGUUUCAAAGCAGAUCUGUGGCCGACGCGUGUUUCCCAUAAAGACGCCGCCAAGAAACGGUUUUAAACUUUGAAUAAACUCAAUGACACAGACGCCAUUUUAAUCCCACAAUAAUAUGACGAUCUGGAUUAGAUAAAAGUUUGUUUAUUGAUUAGAUAAUAUUUAUUUACAUGCAGGAAUUUGUCUUUAAACUGAGAAAUCACAAUAACAGAUUUGAAGUUUGAAGUAAAUAUAGACAAUACACGAUAAUACCGAAACUAAUUUAUGCCACGGACAC